UGUAGGAAGUCUCGGUUGGUUGCCAUGGCAUUGGUAUGCCGAAGUGAACCUUUGGCAGAGUGCGAUGAAGAGGAAUGAGAGUAUCAACUCUUUGAGCAUUUCCACAUGCAGGCAGAGAGUCUGGUGAAGCCACUCAUGCAGACCAUCCCACACCAGCACUCCCGUGUGCGAGUCGCAGUCAUCGAGGCCACCGGUGCAGUCAUCCAGUAUGGAACGGGUAAAAAUGUGGACGACGUGCUGUCUCACCUCGCCCAGAGACUCUUUGAUGACUCCCCGCAGGUUCGAAAAGCUGUGACUCUGGUGGUGGGUGACUGGCUCCUGAACCUCAGAGACCGAUACUCCUACUUCCACAAGCUCAUCCCUCUGCUGCUCAGCUCCUACCAUGAUGAAAUCCCAGAGAUCCAACAGGUAACAGCGGACCUGUGGAGGCGAGUGGGUGCCCAGUGGGAGAAGGAGAAUGAGGAAGACCUGAAGGACAAGAUGGACUUCCUGUUAACCCCUCCACAGCACUAUCCCUCAGGAGUGGAGCGUCCGGGUCUGGGCUGCAGGGAGCUGGUGGUGCGUAACUUGUCUCGGCUGAUGCCGGCGGUGGGCAGGGACGCGGGGGACUGGCUGGUGGCCACGCGGCUCAAGACGGCCCAGCUGCUGGAGCUGCUACUGCUGCACGCCGAGGACCACUGCACUCAGCACCUCCAGCCCCUACUGGCCACACUGUACCGGGCAUGCAGCGACGACGAGAAGAACGUCGUCAAGCACGCCCUGGAGUGUGCCCGGCUGCUGGGCACCUUUGUGGAGCCGGAGGUGCUACUGAAGCUGCUGCUGUGCCAUGUGGAGGGGGCCUCCUCCUCCAGCUGCCCCUCCGCCCCCUGGACCCCCCUCAUGGUGCUGGGGGCCGCCCUGAGAGGCAGCACGGGGGACACGCUACGCCCCCACCUCCAGAGGCUCGCCGACACACUGGCCCUGCCCGAGGUGUGCCAGGAGCUUCACCAGGCGGUGUAUCUGGAGCAGGUGUUGGAGUGCGUGUCGGGCCUCCUGGAUGUGUGUGGUGGAGAGUGCAGCUCGGUGGCCCUGCAGCUGCUGAAGGUGCUCAUCAGUGUGGAGAGCCUUGCCACCGAGCAGGACACCAGACGACGGGUGGAGGAGUGCAUGUGUGGUGUGUGUGAGGUGGAGGGUGUGUGUGAGGUGUGUGAGGUGUAUCGGAGGCACAUGCCUGCUCUGCUGGACUGGCUGGCGGUGACACAGCACAGCUGGACGGGCUACAGCCUGCAACGCACACAGCUGGAGGUGCUGGCCCUACGCUCAGGCCCAGUGGUGGGGGAGUUCCUGCCGCUGCUGUUGCCGCUGCUCCAGAGCUGCCUGCAGCCCACCAGGGACCCCGAGAUGAGGCUGCACCUCUUCACCAUGCUCGCCAAGAUGCUGCUGGACGCCCACAACACACUCGACUCACAGGGGUGUUUCAGUGAGCAUGUGGAUGUGUUUGUGAGUGAGUGUGUGCUUCCUAACCUGGUGUGGCACGCGGGGCGCACGGCGGCUGCCAUUCGCACCUCAGCCCUCAGCUGUACCCUGGCCCUGCUCAGAGGAGGAGCCAUCACCCCACAGCAGCAAAAGCAGAUCAACCGCCUGAUGAAGCAGCCGAGCAACAUCAGCAUCCAGAGAAUCCAUCAUCUGAGGCAACAGUUCCGGAGCCGAGUCGAGAUCCUGCUCCGAGUCCAGGACAACCCCUCAAGAGAUCGUCAAGGGUUACACGACCACCAGAGAGACUGA